AUGGCACCAAUCCGCAGAUACCUGCGCAUCACCAAGUUUUCUGUCCUGGAGGUCCGCAUCUACCUAGACAACCCUUCUCUCGCCGAGAGCUGGCUCCUCAACUCGCGCAACCCGAUCCUCCCUCGCGUUAUCGAAAGCGUUCGACCUCUCGUGCUCCCGAAGCUCCGCGAGGAGAAAGAGCGCAACAAGGCAAAAGGGGGUAAGAAGAGAGGGGUCAAGGAUGUAGUCGUAGCAGAGGAUUUCGAGGUUUCUAUAUUCUUGACGGAGACCAGCACCCGGCAUUCUCUGCUGUUCAAGCAGAAGAACUUCAAGGAGCCGACGAAGAAAACUAUCCGGUCGAACUCGUCGAAGCUAACAGGAAGUACGGGCGAUGCGCCUAUCGAAGUCGAGGAUGGCCCCAUGAUUGCUCGGGAGGACAAUGAAGAGGGGGGCAGUAUCAGCCUUCACGAUAUUCCGGAUGCAGAUGAAAUUGAAUCCGACGACGGCCAUUUUGUAGACCAAGAACCACGCGGGUCCAAACGGGCCAGAGCUGCGACGGGUUCAUCAUCUGAGUCCCCUGGCCCAGGCCUGGAACCAUUUUCCAAACGUCGGAGGGACGCGUCUGGAGAGGAGGCCGACGACAAGAAGAAGAUGGCAAUGGACACCACCUACGAUGGCUUCUCGAUCUACGGCCGCGUCCUCUGUCUGGUCGUCAAAAGAAAGGAUAAUAGAAGCAAGGCACCGGCGGGGGCGGGCUUGGGAGGCGGACAGGCUACUAUGGAGAACUGGAUCACGUCUACGCAGAUGCCGCCACCGGACGACGAUUGA